CGCUCCCUCUCCCCUUCGCUGCUGCCCCUGCGGAAAGGCUGCGGGUGGAAAUUGGGAGAGAUCGGCAACCCGACGCCGGUUCUUUCCCCGGGGAUUGUCUGCUGCUAGGUUUGUGUAACAAUGGAAAAAGCGGGAUAGGGCUGCUUAAGAACAGUUAUUGGGAUCCUUGGUUUGGAGGCGGGAAGUCAGGUCCAACAACUCACUCCUUGUGACCUGCGGUUCCUCCUGGUGCUAUUUUGGUUUUCACCUUGGUGUUCAUCACUAGACUUCGGGUAUCCUCGGAGUAGCUGGCACCUGUCUUUCUUGUUAGUUUGCCCUGCAGCCUCCUUGCCCCUGGACUUUGAAAUGCUUUACCUUAUCGGCUUGGGCCUGGGAGAUGCCAAGGACAUCACAGUCAAGGGCCUGGAAGUCGUGAGACGCUGCAGCCGGGUGUACCUGGAAGCCUAUACCUCGGUCCUGACUGUAGGGAAGGAAGCCCUGGAAGAGUUCUAUGGAAGGAACUUGAUUCUUGCUGAUAGAGAGGAAGUGGAACAAAAAGCAGAUCAUAUUUUAAAGGACGCUGAUGUCAGUGAUGUUGCUUUCCUUGUGGUCGGUGAUCCAUUUGGGGCUACGACACACAGUGAUCUGAUACUGAGAGCCACAAAGCUGGGGAUCCCUUACCACGUCAUCCACAAUGCCUCCAUAAUGAGUGCCGUGGGCUGCUGCGGUUUACAGCUGUAUAAGUUUGGAGAGACGGUGUCUAUUGUGUUUUGGACAGACACUUGGAGACCAGAGAGCUUCUUUGACAGAGUGAAGAAGAACCGACAGAAUGGCAUGCACACGCUGUGCUUACUAGACAUCAAAGUAAAGGAGCAGUCGCUGGAAAAUCUAAUCAAGGGACGGAAGAUCUACGAACCUCCUCGCUAUAUGACUGUAAACCAGGCGGCCCAGCAACUUCUGGAGGUUGUUCAGAACCAGCGAGCACGAGGAGAAGAGCCAGCAGUCAGCGAGGACACGUUGUGCGUGGGACUGGCCAGGGUUGGAGCUGAGGACCAGAAGGUCGCCGCCGGCACCUUGCAGCAGAUGUGCUCCGUGGACCUGGGAGGACCUCUGCACUCCCUGAUCAUCACAGGAGGCAGCCUGCACCCGCUGGAGACCGAGAUGCUGAGUCUGUUUCCUGUGCCAGAGCGGCAGUCGGGGUCCCAGAGCGCCGAGAGGCUCUGCACAUAGGUGUCAUCUGGCACGGAGCUAAGCUCGGCCCUAGUGCGUGUGCCGUGUCUGUGGGACAAAGGGAACAGGUCUUCUGUUACCUCGUAAGUACAGCCAAGUGACCAAGAAGAAAGACGAUUCCACAGCGCUCUGCUUCCCGGGCUGGGUUUGCCUCUGACACCGUCAGCUGGUGCUGCUGGUUCCACAGAUGUUCAGGAUAGAAACACAUGGAGCAGACCAAGCUGGAAAGCUUGUAGUGGACACCCAUCAACAGAGCUGUUGAAAAACAGCUUUUCUUUAUGAAACCUACGCAAGGUGGUAAUCCUCCUUUCUUAAGAAUCAGCUGCCCUGACUGCAGGGUUGUGCUGGUGGCGGUGGGUACGGGCGACUGAGCAGAGGUGGGGGCACACAUCCCACGUCCUCAGAGCUCAUUUGAGCACCUGCCACAGGAGGACUCCAUCCUGAAUUGCCUUGUCUUAUUUAGCUGACAUCCUAAUUAUGGAGCUCAUAUUUGGCUGUAUUUUGGAGAUUAUAUAAUUGUUCAUUAUAAAUGUUCAGCCAGCUAAGUACAGUUAGUUGCUCUUUGGUUUUAAAUAGCAACUCUCACAGCCAAGUUGACAAAUGGAAAACUUGCUGACUACAGAAUAAAGUUUUUAAAAUUUUAAGUUUGAAGACAACAGUCAAGACUCUUCAUAUCACUUAGCUCAGUGUGCCACUCUAUAGAUGCGACUGGUCACCUUCUUACUCAUUGUGAACAACACCCCUUGAUUAUAUCAUGACCAUAGAGUUUUAUACUUUUUGUUCAUUCAUAACAGACAUCUUUGUUAGUUACUGGUGGGGCUAUUCUAGUUCUGAGGAUUUCCGUGGCCUAAUCCACUUGUCUGACCAUACUGAAAGCCACAGACAGGAUGUCAAAGCCAGUCCUGGACCUGUGUGUAGGGAUAAAAAGGAAAGGUGUUUGGAAUGAAUGCAGAUAGGAGCUCUCAGCAGAGAAAUGGAAACCAACCAACAACCGAAAACCCAAACGGCUGGACCUCACAGCAGAGGGCAGAGAGCAGGUGAGUAGAAAGCACCUGAGGAAUAAAGAACAGAUUGGAGGGGCGAGAAAACAGCUUCAGUGCCGCUGAUAUCAAGCAAUGUAACUCACUGUAGAGCGGGUCCUCUGGUAAUGUUAUAACAUGCGUAAGAAAGGCAGAUUCCUGACCAGGGCCCGACUGCCCGGCUCUUCCCCAGUUCCCAGAGAUGCA